CCGCCGCUGUGGGCCGCCUCGGCCGCCGGGCACCUGGGGGUGGUGCGGAGCCUGCUGGAUCACGGCGCCUCCGUGAACCAGACCACGCUGACCAACUCCACGCCGCUGCGGGCCGCGUGCUUCGAUGGGCACCUGGAGAUCGUGCGCUACCUCGUAGGGGAGCGUGGCGCCGACCUGGAAGUCGCCAACCGGCACGGACACACUUGCUUGAUGAUUUCUUGCUACAAAGGACACCGGGAAAUCGCACGUUACUUGCUGGAGAAAGGGGCCGACGUCAACCGCCGUAGCGUGAAGGGGAAUACUGCCCUGCAUGACUGUGCCGAGUCGGGCAGCCUGGAGAUCCUGCAGCUCCUGCUGCGCUCCAAAGCCCGCAUGGAGAAGGACGGCUACGGCAUGACUCCUCUGCUGGCCGCCAGCGUCACCGGGCACACCAACAUUGUGGAGUACCUCAUCCAGGGCGAGCUGCGGCAGGAGGAGGCCGCGGGGAACCAGAGUGGGACUUGUGCGGCAGGCGGGGGCCAUCCGAGGGGCUGCGGUGCCGGCCAGGAGUCUCCUCGGUGCUGUGCCGGAGAGGGGCAGGAGCAACGUUGCGCCUCGGCUUGCGCUCAGGACGAGCAGCACGUCCCGAACGUGCUGUGCACUCGGGAAGCGGCUGUGGAAGCCCUGGAGCUGCUGGGGGCCACCUUCGUGGAUAAGAAGCGGGACCUUCUGGGAGCCCACAAGUACUGGCGAAGGGCCAUGGAGCUCCGCUGCGAGGGGGGGCAGUACCUGCCGAAGCCCGAGCCGCGACAGCUCGUGCUGGCCUACGACUACUCGCGGGAGGUGAGCUCGCUGGAGGAGCUGGAGGCCCUCAUCACCGACCCGGACGAGAUGCGCAUGCAGGCCCUGCUGAUCCGCGAGCGCAUCCUGGGCCCUUCGCACCCCGACACUUCCUACUACAUCCGUUACCGAGGGGCCGUCUACGCCGAUUCCGGCAACUUUGAGCGCUGCAUUAACCUGUGGAAAUACGCCCUGGACAUGCAGCAGGGCAACCUGGAGCCUCUCAGCCCGAUGACCGCCAGCAGCUUCCUUUCCUUCGCGGAGCUCUUCUCUUACGUGCUUCAGGACCGCUCCAAGGGCACCUUAGCCACGCACUUGGGCUUCUCCGACCUCAUGGGAGUCCUGAGCAAAGGGGUGCGGGAGGUGGAGCGGGCGCUCGUGCACGGCAAGGACCCUGUCGUGGACUCGGCGCAGUUCACCAAGACCCUGGCCAUCAUCCUGCACCUGGUGUUCCUCCUGGAGAAGGUGGAGUGCACGCCGGAGCAGGAGCACCAGAAGCGGCAGACCAUCUACCGCCUGCUCAAGUGCAGCCCCCGCGCCAAGAACGGCUUCACCCCGCUGCACAUGGCCGUGGACAAGGACACCACGACGGUGGGCCGCUACCCGGUGGGCAAGUUCCCCUCGCUGCACGUGGUGAACCUGCUGCUGGACGCCCGCAGGGGGGCCGGCGCCCACAUGGAUGCCACCAAUGCCUUCAAGCAGACGGCCUACGAGCUGCUGGACGAGAAGCUGCUCACCAAGAGCAUGAUGCAGCCCUUCAACUACAUCACCCUGCAGUGCCUUGCUGCCCGCGCGCUGGACAAGCACAAGAUCCCCUACAAAGGCUUCAUCCCCGAGGAGCUCGAAGCCUUCAUAGAGCUGCACUAGGGCAGGUGAGCU